UUCCUUCAGGGACAUGAACCAAGUCCUCGAUGCCUAUGAGAACAAGAAGCCGUUUUACCUGUACACGGGCAGGGGCCCCUCUUCCGAAGCCAUGCACGUCGGCCACCUCAUCCCGUUCAUCUUCACAAAGUGGCUGCAGGACGUGUUCAACGUGCCCUUGGUCAUCCAGAUGACGGACGACGAGAAGUACCUGUGGAAGGACCUGACCCUGGACCAGGCCCAUGGCUACGCCGUGGAAAAUGCCAAGGACAUCAUCGCCUGCGGCUUUGACAUCAACAAGACCUUCAUCUUCUCUGACCUCGACUACAUGGGGAUGAGCCCAGGCUUCUACAGGAACGUGGUGAAGAUUCAGAAGCACGUGACCUUCAACCAAGUGAAAGGCAUUUUUGGCUUCACGGACAGUGACUGCAUUGGGAAGAUCAGCUUUCCUGCCAUCCAGGCUGCUCCCUCCUUCAGCAACUCGUUCCCGCAGAUCUUCGGGGACAAGACGGACGUCCAGUGCCUCAUCCCCUGUGCCAUCGACCAGGACCCUUACUUCAGGAUGACGAGAGACGUCGCCCCCAGGAUCGGCUAUCCUAAACCAGCCCUGCUGCACUCGACCUUCUUCCCCGCCCUGCAGGGGGCCCAGACCAAAAUGAGUGCCAGCGACCCCAACUCCUCCAUCUUCCUCACAGACACUGCCAAGCAGAUCAAGACCAAGGUCAACAAGCACGCGUUUUCUGGAGGGAGAGACACCAUCGAGGAGCACAGGCAGUUUGGGGGCAACUGCGACGUGGACGUGUCCUUCAUGUACCUGACCUUCUUCCUGGAGGAUGACGACAAGCUGGAGCAGAUCAGGAAGGUAGGACAGGCCCGUCCCGGCCGCCCCAGCUCGCUCCUCGGGACCUGGAGGGCUCCGGCAGCCAGCGGGGGGCAGUCGGCGUUUCCUCGGGGCCUGAGCCCCGGAGAGUGAAUGGAGGCGGGGGAU